AUGCUUCGAGAGAAUCUAUACUACAACUACCAAUACUACAGAGAUCAGGCUACUGAUGAUAUGGCUCCCGAGUGGCUCAUGAACAGCCACACUAAUCACUGCGUGGAUGCUCUACGGGAACGCCUUCUUUGUACUGCCGACAUUGGACUGGUCCCAUUCUUCUGGCCGAAUGCGAGCGGUAAUGCGAUGCCUGACUUUGGCAGGGACCAUAAAUGCCACAGUCAUGAGUCUGUAAUAUCUUGGUCCCAGCAGCAUUCUGCAUCAACAGAACAGUUGCGAAAUGCCGAUCAUUCGCAGCGAGACUCGGUUCUUCCUGCUGCUCGGGAUUUUGUGAAAUAG